AUGUACAACCUGACGACCCGGUAUUGGAAAGUCCGAACGAGGCGCAAGAUUGACUCCAAGUCUGAUUUGAAGGUCGUUUUCUCACCCCGAGCGAAGACUAUCCCUACGCAUCGACCAAGGGUCUCUGGAAGUGCUGUCAGUAUCUUACGGCGGCAGGACGUCGUUGAGGCUGCAGAGCUCGCGAUGACGUCCCGCGUGGCAUAUGCGACUGCCAUGCCGCGCUAUCUCUCCGAGGUCACGCUCAGCAACUCCGCGCGCGCACAGCGAAGCAAGGUCGCGCAGUACUAUGCCGCGAAUGACGACCGCCAGAUCAGGCCCUCCGAGCUGCUCGCCCCUGAGCGCGACAGGUUCCUCCACAGCCUGACCCACAGCCUGACCAGCCUCACGCUCGCGCGCAGGCCAGACAUCCUCACGCUACUGGAGCCGCACACUGUCUGGCCGUGCGUCCGCCGCCUUUCUGUCUGGGGCAACGUCGGAAGCCUGGCCGCCCUUGCCGCCGCGUUCCCCGCGCUGGUGUAUCUCCAUGUGCCUACGCUCGACUUGGACGUCGUGGACACGCUCCGACCAGCAGUCUGGCCUGCGCUCGACCACGUCGUCACGGGCUGUCCACUCCCGCUCGCCUGUCCAGUGCGCCGGCUGGAGCUGCACUAUGACCUCGACGCAAUCGACGAGGCGGCGUGGUACGCAGGGACGCUCGCGCUGCUGCGGGACACAGCCCCGGUGGUGCUCGCAUGCUCAAUGAAUUCACGUAUCCUGUCAUGCAUCGCAAACACAGUGCCGAGCGUGCGGUUCGCCGAGUUCCUCGUAACCGACUUCUUGCUCGAGGCGUUACUGGGAGGGGACGCGGAAUCUGCAGAGUCCUGCAUUGUGAGCCAAUCAGGCUGUGAGCGUCGCAUGCCGCACUGA